GUCACGUGACUGAUAUUCCAUCCUCGCCAUUUUGCAAUGUGGUGGAGAGAGAGAGGCCACUUUUUAUAGCUAACGAAUAAAAUCUCCCGAGUUUUAUGCGUUGAGGACAAAGAGCGUCGCGAGUCAUUUUGUCAGUGAUGGAUGAGAAUUGCAGCGCUGUUGUCCUCAUCUCAAAGUCCUCCUCUACAUCUGAUGCUUCUUCCUCUGCUCCAGUACCUGGAUCUCCCUUUGAACCCCAGCCUCACAGGGUUAUAGGUCAGGGUGUCCCAGGGAGUGUCCAGCCAAAACAGGUGGAUGAGUCCCUCAUCCAGGUCAUCGAGAAACUCAGCAAGAUAGUGGAGCAGCGUCCGCAGAGACGCUGCCCUCUGGGGGGGCAGAAAAGAGGGAAACAUCUGGACUCCUCUGAGGUGAGGUCGAAUCCAGGAAGCUCUCCUAACAAGAGGAUGAAGAAUAACUGCGACGAGGAGGCGAGAGCAGAUGGUAGCGAAACGGAUGGCAUUUCUUCUUCUCUUGCUCUGGGUGACAAUAACAACAACAGUAUCACUACUGCGCCGAGCGAAGUUGCUGGCGGUUCAAGCCACAUCGACCUCAAACGGACAGUAACGUGCUACCAGUGCAGCCUUUGUCCCUACCUCUCCCAGACGCUGGCCCAGCUCAGAGAGCACCUGAAGCAGCACAAUGAGCAGCACAGCGACCUCAUCCUCAUGUGCUCCGAGUGUCACUUCACAUCCAGAGACCAGGAGCAGCUGGAGGCGCACGUCAAACUACACUUUGACGACAGGGGCGGCAUGACGAGAACCUCCACGGAAGAGGAAGGAGUUAUGAAACAGUGUGGGGAGGGGGAGCGGGACAGUGAGGCGAGAAAAGGUUCUCUAGAUGAGUCAAGUGACCCACCAAAGAAGAAAAAGUGGUAUAGCUACGAGGAGUACGGUUUGUACCGCUGCUUGAUCUGCAGCUACGUGUGCAGCCAGCAGCGAAUGCUCAAGACCCACGCCUGGAAGCACGCCGGCCUCGUCGACUGCUCCUACCCCAUCUUCGAGGAAGAGGAAGGCGGUCCAGCAAGACAAGAGACUCAAGCAGCUACCAACAGCAUCAUACCCCGAGAGGAUCUAGUGAUCCUGUCUCCAGGCCUUCACGAUCAAAAUUUACAGAAGCUCCCAGCGGCCAUCAAGUUACAACUCUGCGUGCCUGUCGCUACCGAGAACCAGCAGGAUCAGUAUCAUCCAUCGGUCUCGCAUUCCAACGAAGGUUCUGCAACGCCUGCAGAUAAAAAUGAGGAGGAGGGUUACGCCAACAAAGACGUGAGCUCUGAGGAGCCUGUGGUGGAGGUGCAAGUGACUACGGAGGGAGAUGGCGACAUGGAGGUGGACGGGACCCAAGAUAGCAGCUCCAUUCCUGACAGCCUGCUGUCGUCAGCCCAGAAGAUCAUUAACAGCAGUCCGAACAGCGCCGGACACAUAAACGUGAUCGUAGAGCGCCUUCCAUCAGCCGAAGAUACCGUCAUGGUGACAAAGCCUCUUCUCCUCAACCAAGAUGUGGAUAGGGACAAGGGUUUGCUGGCUGUGAAAGAGGAGGAGGAGCAGGAGGAGAACCCUGUAAGAAGUGUUGGCUGUGUGGAUAACUCCACCAACAGUCCUCCGGUAGAUGCUGACUGUAAGUCUCCCCUCCCUAAAGGUGACACGUCCCUAAGGGAUGAAAACAUCCCCCCAACUAGCCGCAAGCGAACGCAUUCCGAGUCGCUCCGCCUCCACUCUCUGGCUGCAGAGGCUCUUGUUGCUAUGCCGAUGAGGAUGCCAGAGCUACCCACCUCCAGCCCUAAGGUGACCCUGAAGAGCGCUUUACCCCAGAUUCAGAAUCAAAGGAUUUCGGACGGAACUCAGAGCAGACAGAGGGCGUCAGACGUAGAGAAGACGGCAGCCCUGUUGGACCUGGAGCUUUGCCAGGCCAAACAGGAGGAAUUAGGACCCCUGGGCCUUGUGGAGGGUGAUGAGGAAGGUCCCACCACAAAAGCCGGAAUCAGCCUUUCUCUCCUUACCGUCAUCGAAAGACUUAGAGAGCGCUCAGACCAGAACAUCUCCGAUGAAGACAUCUUGAAAGAGCUUCAGGAUAACGCGCAGUUCCAGAAUGGGGCUGUAGCUGCAGCGAUCACCGGCAACGGAGCUGAGAGUUACGUGUGUAACAUUCCAGGCAUUGAUGGGCUGGUCGGCCCAGCUGACGGAGGGUUGGUGGAUUACAACCCGAGCAGCGAGCGGCCGUACCGGUGCCGGCUGUGUCACUACAGCAGUGGCAACAAGGGCUACAUUAAACAGCACCUGCGUGUUCACAGACAGAGGGCGCCAUACCAGUGUCCCAUCUGUGAGCACAAAGCCUCAGACAGUAAGGACCUGGAAAACCACAUGAUCUACCACUGCAAGAGCAGGAUGCACCAGUGUAAAUUCUGUCCGGAUGCCUUCCACUAUAAGAGUCAGUUAAGAAGUCAUGAAAGAGAGCACCACAGCUGCAGUAGCGACACACCAUCACCCACAACGGGGACCGACACCAUCAUCCCAGUGGAAGAAUCUGAACGGGGAACAGACGAAGAAGGUGGGGUGCCAAAGAUGUAUAAAUGUGAUGUGUGCAACUAUACCAGCUCUACUUAUGUAGGGGUGAGAAACCACAGGCGGAUCCAUAACUCUGACAAACCGUAUCGCUGCUGUAGCUGUGAUUUUGCCACCACCAACAUGAACAGCCUGAAGAGCCACAUGAGGAGGCAUCCUCAGGAGCACCAGGCUGUGCAGCUGCUGGAGCAGUACAGGUGCUCCUUGUGCGGCUACGUGUGCAGCCAUCCGCCAUCGCUCAAAUCCCACAUGUGGAAGCACGCCGGGGACCAGAACUACAACUACGAGCAGGUCAACAAGGCCAUCAACGAGGCCAUCUCCCAGAGCAGCCGAGUGUCUCAGAGGCGGCCUGCUGGCCUGGAGUCUGGGGCCGAGUGUCCAGCGGUGAUCCUGCCUUUAAAGGAGACGGCCAGCAGCCAGGUGGACCCUCACCCAACACACACAUCAGUAACAAAAGCCUCUCUACCUUCUGACAGCCCGCCCGGACCACCCACACCCCCUCCAGACUCCACCCAGGGUCCUGCCCAGGGGAAGCGCCCGGGGCCCGCCACGACGGGGCCCACCACGACGGGGCCCGCCACGACGGGGCCCCCGACGGAGUACUGCAUGCUGUUGUUCUGCUGCUGCAUCUGCGGCUUCGAGUCCACCAGCAAGGAGCGUCUGAUGGAGCACAUGAAGGAGCACGAGGGCGACAUCAUCAGCAUCAUCCUCAACAAGGAGCAGCAGCAGGAAGCGGAGGCCCAGGCCGGCCUCCAGAUGGCAGAGUGACAUGCAUCCGUAUGUGAUGAGGUCAGAGGUCACUCAGGCUGUGUCACACAGGCACCUUUUAUAGGUUUCAGGAAGAGGAAUGUGAUUUUAAUCCGUUAGUCAAAUCCUUUCCCUUACAAAGCUUCAGCCCAAGUUCAGACAGUAAUAAGCUCAACCUUCAAUAAAUCACAAAACAUUUAGCUAUUUACUUCCCUAAUUUGAUUACUUUUCUAUAACGGCAGCUCUUUCAUUGCUACUGUAGUAUUUACCGUGUUUGGUGCGACAUGGCUGAGGUUCUCAUCCUGUAAAGAGUUAGCAACACAACUUCAACCCCACAUCGCUGCUCCAACAGAAGGAAUAUUUAUCUGUUUGUUUUUCCGUUAGCUGCCAGUUUGGAGAGAGGUGUUAGUUUCUUUAAGUUUGUUGUAUGGUUUAUAAAGUAGAGAAGGAAGUGGAAGUAAUACACAUUGACUGAGGGGUUGUUGUAAAUGCCUGUAGACAAAAGGAAUGACAAAAAGGGAAGUCUGUUAGUAUGUUAGUUAUUUGAAUCUACCAGUGCCAAGGUUAGGAUGUAGGAAAGGAGUCACGGUUAUCUCUCAUGUUUGUGGUGCUAUGUUCAUUUGAAAGCAAAAAUUUGUAUGUAUUUUUAUAUCUCCUGCUGUUUAUGUUGUUUGUGUGAGUGUGUGCGUUUAGUAAAGUUUUUAUUAUAUUUUAACGUUCUCAAAAGUACAAAUCAUCUUCUGACCAGAGCGUUUCUAAACACAGCGGACCCCCUCCACUCACGGUUCAGUACUUAGAAAUUAUCCCAUGGACAUGAUUUCAAAUUAUUUGCAGAAAAUCCACCCAUUUAUUAAUAGGUUUUGUAAAUAUUCUACAAGAAAAUUCCACUUGGGAAGUGAAACUACUUAAAAGCAAUGCUACUUGACACACCAUUGGCUGGCGUUAGCAAAGCAGCCAAUCCAGAAGCGCUAUUCGUUUUCAAGAUAGAUGAGGAAGACUCACCUGUCUUGAAAACGAGAUAGAUGAGUCUUGUUUGGCAAUAGCGUUAAGACGCUUUCCACUGUGUGUGUUAAUGCAUAUUAAGGUAUAUCUGGUGUUUGAGCUGUUAAUAUAGCAGUUGUAAGCAUUUUUAGACGGGGUGUUCUAGGAGUUUUGAAUCUAUCCAGAUGUAUCGGCCAACUGGAUGAUCAAUAUGUGGAUCAUGGCACUUACAACAUCACAUUCCACCAAAUAUUCUAUCCAAGCAGUCCAGGAAUAAGGUGGAUUAGAAGUUUGGAUUAAAACAGAUUGGUUAUUGCAAGUUGGCUCACAACAAAGCUACACUAAAAAGGAUUACAUGAAUAUUUGAUAAAUAUAUUGUCUCAAAGAGUGUACGAAGAGUUUAGCUGAAAGCGGUCGUACAUUUUCUAAAAUAUGUUGGUUGCACUUAGUGUUAGGAAUCCCAGCAUAAAUCCUCAUGAAACA